UGAAAGAGCCGCCCUACGCUGGACCGGCCGCAACCGCCGCCGUCGGAGCCGCCGCCCGCGCCGCCUCCGGGCCGCCCUGAGCCGCCGGGCCGCUGGGCGCCGCCGCGGCCGCCCGGAGCGAGUGCGGGGGAGGGAGCCGCGCGCCUUUGUGCGCGCGCCGAGACAGCCCACUGGAGGAUUCUGACCGGAAGGACACGUAUCACAUCCCGAGAAACAUCAUGGCUGAGCCAGACUACAUAGACGAUGACAAUCCCGAGCUAAUUAGGCCUCAGAAACUAGUCAAUCCUGUCAAAACAUCCCGGAACCAUCAAGACCUUCACAGAGAGCUUCUUAUGAAUCAAAAAAGGGGUCUUGCCCCUCAGAAUAAGCCAGAACUGCAGAAAGUGAUGGAAAAGAGAAAACGAGAUCAAGUAAUAAAGCAGAAGGAAGAGGAAGCACAAAAGAAGAAGUCUGACUUGGAAAUAGAACUAUUAAAACGGCAACAGAAGUUGGAGCAGCUUGAACUUGAGAAGCAGAAAUUGCAAGAAGAGCAAGAAAAUGCCCCAGAGUUUGUGAAGGUUAAAGGCAAUCUCAGAAGAACAGGCCAAGAAGUGGCUCAAGCCCAGGAGUCAUAGGUCCAGGCUGCAGAGACCACUUACCCAGCCCGGCGCACACGAAAAGCAUGUGCAGGGCCCUCCCCAGCGCUUAACCUCAGGGCCAGAGCCCCUGGAGAGAAUCCCAGCCAGCAGAGAACUGUUACUUUAAGGAGUUUGGUUUUGGUUUUCCUACCAUCCAGGUGGAUCCGUUAUCUGUGACUGUUGCAGUUCCUAUUCGCCAAACGAAAGAUGUUGACCAGCACUUAAGUUGGGAUAAUAGACCUGUGUUCAAAGACUUAAAAAAAUAACAACAAGAGAAAAAGGAAGAGGACACUGGAAUAAAUUCUUGAGAGUUGCACUACUUGGUUUUUCUUUCAAUCCAAGUCUAGUGGGGCACAGAGCCUUUUUUCUUUUAAAACCUAAUGAAAACGUGUUUCCUUCUUCCUUUAGUUGCCUAUUCAGUAAUUUAGAUCGCACAGAAAUGCGUUUGAUCUGUUAUAUCCACUGUUUGUAAGUUCUGUUUUCUUGUCUAAUUUACACUUUCACCCAUGUUAACACCGGAGAAUGUUAAUAUUCGUGUUGAAUACAGCGCUUACUUUUGUUGCCAUUAAGAUUCAGAAAUAGAGUGAGGAGAUUUAAAUAUACGGGAACAAGGAAGUACGUAAACAAGACUACGUAAAAGUCCCUCUUGAUCUUAUUUUCACUCCUGUUGGUUCUCUGAUGCUUCACGGUGACCUUCUACUUCAGGGAAGGUAUGUCACAUAAAUCCACGUAUUGCUUUGAUAACUGUUAGGGGUUUUGUUUUGUUUUAUUUUGUUGUUAAAUUUCUUGCUCAGCUAGUCCUCUUAUGUGAAAUAAUCUCCCAGUCCUUUGAGGAAUGGAAACUAGUCCAUAUA